AUGGCAGCUCCAAUGGACAUAUCGGCGAGGACAGCGGCCUCUGCUACUUCGCUUGUACCCGCAGCUACUGCCCUACCCGACUUGCUCGAGGAACAGGUGGCCCCGUUCGCACAACUUUAUCGCAUACGGGACUCGUAUCCGGCUGGGACUGGUGCCCGUUGUGGCUGGAUUCAGGAUGAGUUCGACAACAGCGCUGAAGAAUUCGAAUAUCGUUGUUGCGAAGGUGCUUACCCGUAUCAGCUCCUGAGCGCCGGAGACCAGAUGGAGAGUAUGGUCCUGCGCUUUCGUGCGUGCACGGGAGCAGUCAUUGCGGAUAUGGAGACUUCUACUCCCAGCCGUGAAGCGCAGUUGCGCAUGAUCAUGGGCAAGCAAUACUACGCUAGCAGUGACUGGGCGACCAUCUCGAUCGGAGGCACCAAUGUUGGCUUCGGCCAGAUUGCAUACUAUUGUCUGCACUGGUGUAAUAAAGAUGGAUGCGCCCUUGCUAUGGCCAAUGCGGCGACAAAAGUUCCAGUCCGACGAUUUCCGCAAGCAAUUUUCAAGCUGUAUGACAACAUAUUCUUGGAUGCCUUGCCCAGAGGCCUCAGGCAGACGGCUGCCUACUCGUCGUUACUGCAGUGCCUGUAG